AUGAGUAUCAGUUCAAGUAGCGAGUUUAGUGAGGAAGACCCAUAUGUAGAUUCUGGGACUGACUACGUGUUAUCGGAUUCCACCGAUUCUGAUGUUCCGGGUCCUAGUCGACGGCGAUCAAAGCAUUUUGUUAGUGCUAAAAAAGGUACCCAUAAAAGUAAUGAGCAGCAAAAAACGUCUGUGAGUAAUAAUACAGAAAUUCCAAACAUUCAAACCGUUAAGAAAAAAGGCAAGAAACGGGUGAGGAUGGAAAGCAAAUGGAAACGAAACAUUAUGAAGAGUAAGCAGGCUAGAGGGGAAGAAUAUAUUAAUUCGGCAAAUAAACUAAUUCAAAAGAAAACUACUGGACCAAAUUGCCAUUGUAGAAAAAGAUGUUUCACUAAAAUAGACGAUACCCAACGACAGAACAUACUUGAGCAGUUUUAUAGUACGGGAGAUAAAACUAAACAAGACAUUUACCUAGGGGGAUUAAUCAGUGUGUCAAAUGUGAAGAGGAAACGCCCGACUACAGGAGAGGGUAGAGAAAAAAGCAACACCUAUCAGUAUAAGUUACGGGCAGGAAGCCAGGAAACCAUAGUAUGCAAAAAAGCAUUCUGUUCUUUGCAUGGAGUAUCAAAAAAUAGAGUUUCUCAGAUUGCCAAAAAUCUGACGCUGGGUAGUAUUAUGUCACCUUCCGAUAAGCGUGGGAAGCAUUCCAAUAGGCCGAACAAAAUCAGUGAAGAAAUAAUAGCGCAAAUAGAAGAACAUAUUCGGAGUUUUCCCAGAAGAAAAUCUCAUUAUAGUAGGGAGGAUAAUCAGAAAAGGUAUUUUUUAUCUCCUGAGUUGAAUAUUGCAACAAUGCAUCGCCUCUACCUUCAAAAAUAUGAGCCAGAAAAGUAUGCUCUCCUAGACGAUGGGAAAAUUUUGAAGGACAUUAAACCAGUAUUUCCAGAACCCGGUCACAGCUUUCUGCCGUGCGACCGUUGCUUUGGUUUAAUUGAAAAAGAAAAACGAAAAAAAGAAAUAGUAUACUUACCUUCUGAAUGGAAAAAAUUAGUCAAGAAUACAUCUAAACAGUUUCGCGUAAUAGACGUUACCCAGGAUAUGAUCCUCGAUUUUUCGAAUACUUUUAAACCUAUUUUUAAAAAAGCCAUAAGUAACCAACAAAAAGAAAGAUUUACCAUCUCAAAGUAUCGUCUUUUCAAAUAUGAAAGAAAAAACAUAAUACAGUGUAGUGCUACAGCAGGUCUAACUUUAUAUUCAUCAUUUGUCAUCAAAAAACCUAACGCAGUUUUAAUUUGGCCAAAUACUAAACUGUACAACACAUUUCCACUUAAAAUAAACCCCAAAAAAAUAGCAAAUGUGAUGUCUUUGGCAGAUCACUACGUACCACCAAUAUAUAAGUGGUACUACGAGCAAAUACGGGUCACAAAUCAAGAUGAACAACAACGAGAAGAAGAACUUGACAGCGAUAGUGGCGAAGUUGAAACUGAAGAUUUCUAG